GAAAUUGCACAAAGAUUUUCUUAAAAGUAAAAUGCCUACUUUUCUGGACAUGCUAACCGGGGAAGACAGCGUACAUUUGGAAAAGUGCGGCGACGUAGUAGUUUCACCCAAGGACAAUGUUUUCGCAUUGUUUUGUCAUUUUUGCAGAGACAUGUUUGCUACAAAUCUGCCGGAAUUUUUGCGUCACUUACAGUCGGUUCACUGCGAUGUGCUACAUUUUACAAAGGAACACAAUGUCUACAGCGUAGAGGAACUCCUGGCAGGAACUCCCACUCAGGACACGGAUGCACAGUCCCAAGCCGACAGUAGCUGCAGUGGAGAUUCCGGCAUGCCUGCUGAAAACGACGAUACACUCACAGCUGAUCGUGAAAACAAACGAGAUAUUUUAGCCGAAGUAGAAGCCAUGUUAUUUGAAGACACCAAUAACUUUGAGGAACAGCUACAGAAUGAAAUUUCAAAUAAUACGGUUGAACUAAAUAUAGCAUCGAAUAUUGAGUCCAAGGCAACCGAACCAGCUGUCCGGGAAACUUUAGAGCUGCUGCCACUUAACGCCAAACAAAUUGAACCUAAUCUAAAUCAAGCUUUAUACGUAAAGGAACAGAAAUCUCGCGUAAAAACCAAAUGUGUUAUUAGUGAAAAAACUAUGUCUAAAGAAUUACAUUUACCAUUUCAAACCGAUUUAAAUAAUAAAUUAUCGCAUGAAUCAAAAUUUUUAAAUAACAUGCAAUAUUCUCCCACUGUAGAGAAACUGAAGUCACAGAUAAAUAACUCGCAAAGCAAUGGGGUAGUUGAAAAAUAUACCCAACAUCUCAUAUCAUCCAUUGAUAAAACAAGUGGUGCAAAGAUUGAUUCGUGGCGAAAUGUGAAAAGCCAUACAAUUCAACGGUCGUCGGGCAAACGAGAAAUGCAACAGCGUAUGAAUCAAAUAAAGAAUCGCAUACUUAAAACACUGCAUACGGAAGAUGUAAAAAAAAAUCGCAACAAAGUGCACAUAAGCCAUGUUGAAAUUUUACCACCAAUUGAUAAGUCGUUGCAUAAAAAUAUUUUAGAAAAAGCAAUUAAGAGUUUGUCAGAUGCUAAUCAGCUUGGACGUGAAGUCAAGACUAAGAACAUUUCCCAAGAAAGUAUUCAGAAUGUAAAAUCUAGGCCAAUAUUACAGACGUCUGCCAUCGCUCUCCAAAAGCACAUCAUACCCAAGUCAGAAAUCAGAAAAAAUGUUGCAACAUACGAUAAGAGAAAUAAAGAAAAUGAAUGUGCACAGAUUUCAGAAAAACCAAAAACGGCCACGAAGACACCGAGGCAGAAACGAAAACAAAGUACAAGUAAUGCCGAGACUUUGACAAAGAGAAUAAAGGUUGAAAGUAAUAUUGACUCAAGCUUAUUGGAUACUGCAUUAUCAGAAACAGUUAUUGAUUUACCACAGCAGGUUUUAAAGUCCGAGGAAAUAAAAUCAGAGGGUCUGUGUAAGUCAACUGACGCUAACGAGGAUCAAAAAAGCGAGGUCUCCGCAUAUGAAGAUCUGUUAAGCCAAGUUAAACAGGAGCAGCCUAAAACGCCUAAGUCGUCAAGGACAGUAACUGUUAGACGCUCUUCAGGGAGAAUAGCUAAAAUUUCUAAGAGUGUCGAAAAGUGUGUAAACUCAACGACCCCAACACGACCUACAGAUGAUAAAGAUCCCAUUGCAAGCCUACCCGAUGAUAUGGAUCUAUUAAAAGCUGUGGGGCUGGCUACAAUCGCAAUGCCAAACUAUGAGGACAAUAUGGAAUUGGAUGAGCAGGAUAAACUGCGUGACAUUUCUAAAAAAUUUGCCAAAGUUAUGGCUAAAUAUGAAAUCAUUUGGAAUUUCAAAGGUGCGAUCGCUGCCAUAAAUUCCUUGGUAGAGGAAAAGGCAACUCUCCUUACGAAAGAAAUCAACGAUGCUCUUGGAACAACAUUUGGCGUUGCUGAAACUAAACGCAUAUGCAAUCUUAUCAACAUGUGGUUUUCGCAAAGCGCAGAAGAGAAAUUAUGUAACAAAACCAAAUUAUCAGCUUCCUUUGAGUAUUACUUUAAGUUAUUUGUUUUUUUGCCUAUUGUACGUCAUCGCUUCUAUUGCGAAUUCUGUCCAAAACACUUUGUUACUGUCGAUAAAUAUGCCGAUCAUCGUGAAACACAUAUUGGGGCAAUACAAUGCUCCAACUGUGCCAAAACAUUUAAAAAAUGCGGUAAUUAUAUGAACCACACUAAAAAGUGUACUACACCACGCAGCAAUAAGUAAUUGGUGCCACUCUAUUUUUGUUAAAGUAAUUAAAUAUUGAUGUCCGCCUGUGUACAUGAUCACCAAGAUCUUUAAAAUCUGUUUGGAAUUCUAAUCCAAAAUUACUUUAAAGUUGUUGGCUAAAGUUGGUUAUACUCCGUACAUGAAAUGUAUAAUUGGGGGUGAUGGAGGUGAAAAAUGUAACAGACAGACCCCAUAAAGUAUAUAUGUAUUUAUUCUUGAUCA